CCGUCUCGCCUCCAUUCUUUUCUACCCUUCGCAGCGAGACCCAAAAAAGCGUUGCAACUCCGCACGCACGCGCCGCCGCCGCCGCACGGGAGCCGCGCGCCUCGCCAGCACGCGCCUCCCCUAAACCCUAGCCGCCUGCACUUCCCCCGAUCCAGCUCCCCAUGGCGGCGCCGCAGCCCCCCGCCGCCGCUGGACCGUCGCCCUCUGCGCAAGUGGUGGGCAACGCAUUCGUGCUGCAGUACUACCAAAUCCUGCACCAGUCGCCGGAUCUGGUCUACCGCUUCUACCAGGAGACCAGCCACCUCGGCCGCCCUUCCGCCGACCGCGCCGACGAGAUGGACUCCGUCACCUCCAUGGAGUCUAUCAACGAGAAGAUCCUGGCGACGGACAUAACAAAGGCAGAGAUCAGGACAGUGGACUCGCAAGAGUCGCUCGGUGGGGGCGUCACCGUGCUGGUCACGGGCCACCUUACCGGCGGCGAUGGCGUGCGCCGUGAGUUCUUGCAGUCCUUCUUCCUUGCACCGCAGGAGAAGGGCUACUUUGUGCUUAACGACAUGUUCCGCUAUGUCGGGGAGGGCCACGUCCCCAGUUCUGCCCCAGCUGCCGCUGAGGCGCAGCCAGAGGCCGAUGCCAUGGUUCCACCGGUGGAUCUCCCCCUCACCAAUGGCACAGCAGGCGCAGCUGUGGAUCCUGCUGCUCCUGAUCUAGAUAUCACUGCACAGCCAGAUGAGCCUGCUGCAGUGCAUUCGCCUGUGCAGCCCCAGGAGGAAAUUUACAACUCUCCAGCAGUGGAUGUACAGGGGGCUGCUGUGGAUGAGGAGCAACCAGUUCCUGAGGUGGUGGAUGAAGUCCCCAAUAAUGUGGCCCCAGUGACUGCAGCUACUGCAUCACCUAUACCACACGAGGGGGCACCAAAGAAGUCAUAUGCCUCAAUUGUCAAAGUAAUGAAGGAAGCUCCAUUGCCAGCUCCUGUGCCUUCUAGGCCUGCGCCACCUAAACCAGAGAAACAUUCUCCUGCUCCCCCUGUUUCCACUCCAGCUGCAGAUGUUCCGCCUUUGAGUUCUAACACUGAGGGCAACAAUAUCCAAGAGCCGGAAGUUGAUACGCAUGCAGUGUACGUGCGGAGUUUACCUAUAAAUGCAACUCCUGAUCAGCUAGAGGAAGAGUUCAAGAAGUUUGGCACCAUCAAGCAUGACGGCAUUCAAGUCAGAAGCAAUAAGAUCCAAGGAUUCUGUUUUGGGUUUGUUGAAUUCGAGGAGUCUAGCUCUGUCCAAAGUGCAAUACAGGCUAAAUCUGUAAUGAUUGGUGGCCGUGAGUGUUUCAUAGAGGAAAAGAGGACGCAUGGUUCACGAGGCUCUGGCAGAGGAAGGUUUGCGGGUAGGGGUAAUAACUUCAGAGCUGAAGGGAUGAGAGGCCGUGGUAACUAUGGUGGGGGAAGGAACUACGGAAGGGGUGACUUCGGUUACAGAGCUGAUUUUGGGGGCCGAAGUGGUGGUAGAGGUGGCUCAGGCCGUGGUGCUGAUGUUGGCUACCAAAGGGUUGACCGUGGUGGUCGCACAUCAGGAGCCACUGGUGCCCCCACGAAAUGAUGGCCAAAUACCUACAUCUCUUUAGCAGCAUCAUUUGGUGGUCGUCAAAUAGUUCCGGAUCCAUCAGUUGGUUUCGUGCGCGGUUAUGAGAAGCCAUGAUGAGGUUUCUCUCGGUUUUUGCAGGCGACAGGGAGGUGGAAAUUGGUUACUAAUUGUAGAAUAUACACCUAUUCAGGAUGUAGUUUAGACUCUUAGCUUGGUCUUUUGAUGAACAGCUGAUUUGUUAUUUUUUGUGUUGAUUUUGUCCUCUUCCCACUUAACUAAGGGUAUUCAUUAGUCGUGUCCAUUUGAGUUGAUAAUUUUUGCAGGCAACGGAAUAAGUAUCAAGGACGAGAUCUGUCAUGUGUUUUUUGUCGACUGUGGAAGCGAAUAGCAUUAUUCCUUGCUGGUAUUGAUUUUU